GUGAGGUUUGUAGAUGAUUUUUUGAUCGCUACUGAGGCCCCUGAGAAUAUUAAGAAGUUUUUUGAAAUAGCAGAUUCAUUGAAAGAUAAGGGGUUUAUAGUAAAUCAGAGCAAAAUAAGGUCUAAUAUUGAUCUUUCGCUUCUAAAUGGAAAUAGCUUUGAACAAGGCAUACAGGCAAGCUUCGUUUCUGAUCAUAUAGAGUGGUGUGGAAUGAAGAUAUAUGACCAAGGAGUUGGUGUUAAAAGCAUAUGCAGAGACCCGUACUUCAGAUAUACUGUCUCAGUUUCCAUAUCCAACCGGGGAAAACGAAUCUUUGAUAAAAUCAAAAGAUCAUUAAACAUCAAGCUUGCUAAAAUAUACAUCAAUAAACUGAACAAAAAGCUUGGCGAGUGCAUUUUUGAUGCACUAUUCUUUUGCGGAAGAAGGUUGAAAAUUAUGAUGCUUAGGCUAGAUUUUGUAAAUACUGAUUUUGUGGAGCGAAUUCUAGACUGGUGUGUAAACGAGGUAGAAAGAGUGUUGAAGUCAAGAAACAUUAUAUUUGAUAGAGAGAAAAUUGACAGGAUGUCCAAUAUUGCAUAUGAGAAGUGUGGAGUGAGGGAUGUAAAAGGCAUGCCACACCAAUAG